CAUCGCGGUGGACGGAACGUUACGAGACAAGGAAACACCACGGGGGCGACGGAACGGAGUUUAAAUAUCUCCAAUGAGGAAUCUUGUGCCUCAGUUGUAACUUCGCCAGCGUGGUACACAGAGCGGCUGGCUUGACAAGAACGGGACAAGGAACGGGACAGCUUUUUUGAAACUAAGUUAUUUCCAGCAUUUUCAAGUAAGGAGGACUACAAAGUUUGUUUUCAAUUUUGUGCGAAAACUUUAAGAAACUGUCUUAUGAUUUUGAAAAUUUGCAGCGGAUUCAACUUAUAACAGGAUUAAUAAUAGAAAAACGGCAAAAACGAUAUGACAAUGCGUCCGGCAGUAUUCUGCCUGCUUGUGAUGGUGAUAUGUUUGGCAAGAGGCAGCACCGUUCAACAAGAGAGAAAUGAUGACUCGGGAGAGGAGGCAACAAUGGAGAAUUCCGAGAAGUCCAAAAAAGAUACGUCAGAAUACCUCAGUGACGACAGCACCAGUGACGUCAUUGAUUCUGGUGCAAAACGUGGUUUCGACCGCAACAUGUACCUUUACGGAAUAGGGAAAAGAAUGGAGGAACGAAUGCCUGAUGCUGGCUUGAAAAGAGCAAUGGAUUUAUUCAAAUAUAGAACUUUGGGUUUAGGAAAACGCGGAUCGGAUUACAGUGAUGACGAAAUGAAACGAGGAAUUGAUCAUUUGCGGUAUCAAACACUUGGAUUAGGGAAAAGGGGGAUUGACCACGUGAGGUAUCAAACUCUCGGAUUAGGCAAAAGGGGCAUUGAUCACGUGAGGUAUCAAACUCUUGGAUUAGGGAAGAGGGGAAUUGACCACUUGCGAUAUCAGACUCUAGGACUUGGGAAAAGGGACGGUGAUGAUGAAGAUGAGAAGAGGGGUAUCGACCACCUGCGGUAUCAAACCUUGGGUCUGGGAAAACGUGAUGAUGACAAAAGAGGAAUAGAUCACGUCCGAUACCAGACCCUCGGUUUAGGUAAGAGAGAUGAUGACAAGAGGGGGAUCGAUCACUUGCGAUAUCAAACAUUAGGCUUGGGGAAACGUGGCAUCGACCAUCUGAGGUACCAGACCUUGGGUUUGGGGAAGCGUGACGAUAUGGAAGCUGAGAAAAAGGGGAUAGAUCACUUGAGGUACCAAACCUUGGGCUUGGGAAAGCGUGAGGGUAUAGAUAAGAAGGGCAUAGACCAUGUCAGAUAUCAGACAUUGGGGCUGGGGAAACGUGAAGGUGAAAAACGGGGAAUAGACCACAUGAAGUACCAGACCCUCGGUUUGGGGAAGCGGGAGGAUGGGGAGAAAAGGGGGAUUGACCACAUGAAAUACCAGACUCUUGGUCUCGGAAAACGCGAUGGAGAUGACGCAGAAAAACGUGGCAUCGAUCACAUGAAAUACCAGACCUUGGGACUCGGAAAACGAAACGGCGAAUCAGAAUCAUCCGAACACACCCGAAUCGAACGAGCGGUGGAUUUCAUCAAAUACAGAAACUUAGGACUCGGAAAACGUGACAGGGCAUAUCAACCCUAUAAAAGAGGCAUGGACUACGUUUUAUACAGGAAUCUUGGGCUAGGGAAGCGAGCGAUGUCUGACCUUGACCUCGGCGAAAACGACAUCCGACCGGAACUGGAAAAUGCUGACCUCGACGAUGAAUCGUACCCGAUGCUUGACAUGGACGAACUUGUUCCCUAUAUCCGAAACUGACACUAAAACUUGCCGCUCACUGUCCAAUGGCUACUAAAAUGGACUGUCAUGUUGUGUCAACUUCGGGCAAUCGUUGGUCAAAUAUGACGGCACUGCCCAGCAACGCAAAGCGGUAUCAGAAAGGCGAAAGAAGGUUACACAUACACGUAAUGAUGUAAUGGUUAGAAGUUACUUGAAUUAUUAUUAGUCAAUUGCUCGAUUUCACACAUUUUAGUUAUGAUAUAGUUCGCUUUCCUGCGCCUGUGAGGAGUAAUUUUUGUCAUAGAUCGUCAUAAUGCAUUGGGCAAAAUCUCAAUUUAGUAAAUAACUGGCCAUGCACCUGGCAUAUGGUUAUUAGUGAGGACAGUGCCUCGGAAAGCAACCUAGCCGUUUCACAGUCUGAGCCCACCUCAAAGAACGCAUCAUGGUUGAAUUCUUGUUCUAAUACUGGAUAACGAUUAUUUUCAGGUCAUCUCUAAAUCAAUUUUCGUCAUUUUAAUUAUCUCCCCUGCCCCCACCCUUCCUGGAAGGUAACCUUAACCUAUCCGCCGAGAACCCCCGCCCCUUUUUUCCAUAACAUUUCAAAAUGCAUCACCACCCCUGCCUCUUUUGUGCAAUGAAUCACCUACCAUCCUACCCAACCAAUAUCCACCUAUUGUUUGUUCCGUCGACUUUACAACAUCAAAAAAAUACAUCCAAGUUAACAGGGUCAACAAUUCAAUUUCACAUACAGUUUUCAUUAUGAACAAACAAACAAAGUGAUGCAUUUUGAUAUAUACUUACCACAAUCAGAUCAAUCACAAAAAAAUUACAAUGAAACCAACAAGAGUGACAACAACUGUCCUGAUCCACAAUAAAACUUCCAACGAAACAAGUGCAUGUAAUGUACACAGCAUCCAAGUAUACAACUUGCACAGCUUGUACAGCGCUCAGUUAAAAACAAGUGCAUAUGUACACAGCAUAUACAGAUUGUACAGCCAGUACAUCAAUCCACACGUACCAUGAACAGGAAUGUACAGAAAUAUGAUAAAACAUCAUCAGCACAUGACAGACGCAGGAUUACGAAUUCCAUGUUGUUUAUUUUGGUCUCAAAUUUUCUGUCGAGUAGUUUGUUUGACUCUUGUCUGUUACGUUAGUUCAUGAUUUUUCAUUAUUUUAUAGUCGUUAUCAUAGCAUCUGUGUAGCGCAUGAAAGUCUAGCUGUACAUACCGUGUUUGUAAUGGGUGAAGAAAGCCGUCCUGCUAAGAUUCGAGGGAAAAUCACAUAAAUGAAAGAGUGGAUUGACUCAGUAUUUCAGUGGCAAAAGUGUUACAAAGCUGUUCAGACCAAGAACCAAUGACUUUUUUUAAACGUCCUUGCCAGAAAAAACUGUUAUCAGACAUUAACGGGGAAAACAAGAGCAUGCGGGCAACGUACCAGUUUAUAUGUUUCCCUAACGGGAUGCCAACAUAUUUGCAAUCCAAAGUCAGGAAAGCUUUGUAAAAUGCUGUUCCGAUUGCAUUCAAAUAGCAAAGCUCAGUGAAACUCUAUCAUGUCUAUCAACAGCGGUCGUAUGCAUUUCAAAGUAGUCUGAAACGUUUUAAGUGAAUUUCGAAACUAAGCAUGACGAUAUUUUUGCACCCAGCACGAUCGGAAUCAGAAUGGCCGAGAAGGUAUAAAAUGUAGCGGCCAUUUUGAAUCCAUUAGGUCAGGUGAUCAGUUUCUGCGGGAUGACUGUCGAAUGAAGCAUAUAUCACCAGACCUAAGCAUAUUACAUGGAAAGGCGAUCCCUUAGCACACACUAGCAGUUGAAGUAACCGCAAACAACCUUUUUUCUUACGUUUUGAAGACAACGUGCGGAAUCCCGAAUGAAACUAUCAAAUUCAUUUGGGAUUUCGGAAAAUUUUUGCAUCACCUGAACUUGACAUUUUAAGUCAAGUAGGCAGACGUCAGCCCUAAAUAAACUAAUCUCAUGAUUCCUUUAUUUAACUUCUGACUAUGGCUCAGUCAUCUGACUAUGAACUGGUAAAUCUAGAUGGGCGAUUCGAGUCAAGGUGAAAUAUCUCACAAGCAAAAAAUACACGUCAAUUUGAAUAGAAAUGUGUCACAAUCAUUCCUUCCAAACGUUUACGCCAUUAUCAUCACUUUAAAGGAACCGCUUGGGCGAGAGAUACUGCGGUUUUUGAAACAAUAUUCUCCAUUUUCGUCUCGUAUUACGCACUAUGCGAGAGUUCUUUCCCCUCCGAACACGACCUUUGGCCCAGUUGUAGCUGUAACGAAUCCCUUCUGCGUGCAUACAUGUUGGCUUCAGGAAAACAUAAUCAUUUGUCACUCGGCGAAAAAAUCUUAUCCAGGAAAAAGCAAGUGUGACCAUUGAAAUCAUUUGGACAACACUAAAGCACUGCAUCGUUCGAUCAAAAAAUAAAAUGAAAAUUUCCAAUUUCGUAAACAGUAGCCUACUGAGUACAAAUUUCAGCAUUGCCGUUGCGUACACAUAUACUACAAAUAUCAAGUUUCAGCAAAUUUGCAUGCAUAAUAACUGGACUAUGACACUGUGUGUAACCGCAUUUCUAUUUUCCUGAACCACCCGUAGAUAUGAACGGCGUACUUUUUUAAGCACUUCGGACACACUUAAGCAUUUUGGACGAUGUAGAGCAUGUUUGGACAAUGGAAGUACAUGUAUCACUAAAUGUGUUCCUCAUAUGUUUCCUUCAGAAAGAACAGAUGUAAUUGCCUAUUAUGUCAUUAAAUGCCGCAAUCUAAUGAAAAGAAGUAUAUUUUUAUUAGUGAAAUACAAUUGCCCUGUAAAUAUAUUUUAUGAUUCGUUAUAUGAUUGUGAUUUCUUCUCAAUGUAUAUAGUUGAUAUUUGAAUAUGGUCGAAUAAAAGUGACAUUAUAGAUACAAGUAGCAGAGAUGGGAAUUCGUCAGAAAAGCAUGGAGAAACCUCGAGAUUUUUUGGUGAAAUUCAGAGUCAUUCGACUUAUCAUAACAGUUUAAAUGAACAAGGUCACGUAUAGUAUUGCAAAGACACGUCUAUUGGGCAGAUUGCAUCAAAUAUCAUCUUUGUUACUUGAAACUCUGAGCAAUUGCGAAAGCCUACUUUGGAAAUAAGAAAAGCUUUCGCGAUUCCAACUUCGUUACCAUCUGCAGAACUUCGGAUGUCAGAACUGAAAGCUUGUUUUAUUCUCAAAGUAAGUUACACGAUGAACUUUGAAGGUCAGGUAUGGUGCGUCUUCGCAAUGGGCAUAUGUGUUAUCUUCCGAUGUGUGCGCUAUAUCAUCAUUAUUUUAACCAAACAAUGAAUAAAUUCUUUAUGACCACACAAAGUACAUUUGCAACAAAGAGUACAUUUUUGUUAAAAAGUGAUCAAUGCUAUCCAGUCCGCCAUCAAAAGGUCAUCCCGGCCACUGAGCGGUUUCCGAAGGAUGUAAGCGGCCAUCACCUCUCAGAAUGGGUCAUGGACAAGCUCUGAUAGCGGAAGGAAAAGGUAUAUAACCAGUGUAAUAUUGAUAUAAAACCGAUCAAAAAUGAUGAAAGACCUAGGUGUAAACCAACCAGAAUGUACAUGUAUUUCUAUCAUAAAUGGUGACAUAUAUCAAAUGA